UGCAUGCUUAAAGAGCAAGAAGCCUCUAAAGAUAACAAUAUAUAGAUAAAUGAGAUAUGGGAUUAAUUCAAUUUCACAAGUUGCUACUUCUAUUUCUUCUUUUGACAACCAAUUGUGUCUUCCAAACGUCAAGUAAUUGGGCUAAUGGACCUGAGCCCCCCUCAAUGCCACCCCUUCCAAAAGAAGAAGAAGCUGCAGUGAAGGCUUUGCUUCUUUCAAAGGCGCAACAGAAGCUGUACAAUAGUUUGUCAGCCCAUCUAUGCCAUGAUAAAGCUAUUAGAUCCUGUAACUGCAGUACAACAUCCUGUCAUGUCACUGAAAUAUAUUUAUCAGAGGGGUAUUUAAGCAGGAGAAUACCACAACAAGUUGGAAAUCUUACUCAUUUAACCCGAUUGGUUUUAAGCGGAAACAAGCUUCAUGGAUCAAUCCCUACAUCACUUCUCAACCUACAAUCGCUUUCUCAUUUAGAUCUUUCUGACAACUCCUUGAGUGGGAACUUGCCAGCACUUCAGAUGAAGUCUUUACAAUACAUGGAUUUAAGAGAAAACAAGCUUGAUGGACCAGUCCCUAAAUCAUUUCUCAACCUACAAUCACUUUAUUAUUUAGAUCUUUCAGAGAACUCCUUGAGUGAGUACUUGCCAGCAUUUCGGAUGAAGUCUUUAAAAUACAUUAAUCUAGGCAGUAAUUGUUUUACGGGCCAAAUCCCUCGAGAAUACGGUGCUCUCCAAUCCUUACGUUCUUUAUAUAUACACAGAAACUCACUAAAUGGAAGCAUUCCGCAAGAACUAGGGGAACUCUCCAAUCUUGUGGCUUUAGGAAUGAUUGAUAAUCGACUCUCGGGUCACAUCCCACGCCAGCUUGGGAAGCUUACACAGCUGCAGUUUCUGUCCCUAAGCAACAAUUACUUUGUUGGUGAAUUGCCUUUAAGCUUCAAGCAUCUGACAAACUUAACUGAGUUUUAUGCCCAAGGGAAUAGCUUAUCUGGGAAAGUCACAAAAGUAAUUGCCCAUUGGACGAAACUCGAACAGUUGCUUCUAAUAGGAAAUAAUUUUGAAGGCCCCUGGUCAAAGGAAAUCUCAUCCAUGAAAAGUCUCAUUCAACUACAAUUGAGCAAUGUAGUCACGAGAGGAAGAGCAUAUGAUUUUCCCGAUCUAUCACCUAUGACUUCGUUGGAAGCAUUGACAUUGAGGAAUUGUUCACUUCGUGGUCACAUACCAAGAUAUAUCUGGGAGCUUCAACAUUUAUUCUAUCUGGACUUGAGCUUCAACGAAUUAUCUGGAGAAGUGCCAAAAUCGAUUCGCACAUCUUUAACAUAUAUAUUCCUUAGGCAGAACAAGCUUAAUGUAUCAUUGCCAGGAUGGUUAGUGAACAGGAAGAACGCAACCUCGCGUCAAUACGUGGAUGUUUCUGAGAACUUUUUUACAAAUACAACCUCAGUGUCCAAUGCUUCAUCUAAUCCGGACGUGAACACUUUUCCUGGUUGCUCAAAAAAUCAAUGUGACCGUUAUUGCCAUCAUAAAUGUAAGUCAUUAAAUAGGAGGUUUACCAAGCUGUAG